AAAAACACCACGGGCGCGCGCACACCCACGCAUUGUGACAUUAGGCGGUCCUUUGAAGUGCCUUGGGGAGGGUGAAGCCAGCUGGUGCAGUGGAGCGGCUGGUCACGUGGCCAUCCCCAGCAAAGCCCCACCCUCCCUGUAGAAUCUUCCACGGCUCUCCCGGCCCCCCCCCCGCAAGAAAUGCACAUGAUCGCCAUGGCUAUGGGGAGCCCCACGCGGAGCGCCCUCCUUUUCCUCUGCCUGCUUUUCUGCUGGGCUCUGGAGAGCAGCUGCGCUUUGCACACCAAGGGCGCCUUGCCUUUGGACACCAUCACCUUUUACAAGGUGAUCCCAAAGCACAAGUUUGUCCUGGUGAAAUUUGACACCCAGUACCCUUAUGGAGAGAAGCAGGAUGAGUUCAAAAAGGUGGCUGAAAGCUCAGAAUCUAGCGAUGAUUUGUUGGUGGCCGAAGUGGGGAUCUCAGAUUAUGGCGACAAGCUGAACAUUGAACUGGGGGAGAAAUACAAGCUGAAUAAAGAGGCCUACCCUGUUUUCUACCUGUUCCAAGAUGGCGACCUGGAGAACCCUUUGCCUUACAGCGGACAGGUCAAAGCGAGCGCCCUGCAGCGCUGGCUGAAAAACCGAGGGAUCUACAUGGGUAUGCCGGGGUGCCUAAAGGAGUUCGACACCUUGGCCGGCAAAUUUGUGAGCACCACCCAAGAGACGGAGCGCAGGGCUCUUCUGGAAGAAGGGCAGGCACGCCUGGCCAGGGCAAAGGAGAUGGAACAGAAAUCGUCAGAGCAGUACAUCAAGAUCAUGAGCAAAAUCCUCACCCAGGGAGAUCAGUUUGCCGCCAGCGAAAUCUCCCGGAUCAGCAAGCUCAUUGAGGAGAACAAGAUGAGCGAGGGGAAGAAAGAGGAGCUCCAAAAGCGGCUAAACAUCCUAGCUUCCUUCCAGAAAAAGACAAAGGACGAGAAGGAAGAACUUUGACAUGCCAAGGAGAAAAUGGUGCUGUAAGCUGUGAAACUGAAGUGGGUCAGGUCCCAGUCUGGUGCUCCUUCACGCAAGCAAAAAUGCCCCACUCUCUUUUAAAAGAAUCCCUCUCAUAGAAAGGCUUUCCUCCCACACAACUUUUUUUUGUUUAAUUCGCAAACAGGAUCCCUUUUUGAGGGACUGUGCAGAACACUGCCGUUAAGAACAGUCUCGAGGCUGUCGUCAGUCCCAAUACUGUUGAAGGCUUUGCAGGCGGAAGAUCAGUUAAUCCUUUGUUUAAAAAGGCAAAAUUCCUUCUUCUUUUCUUUUCACCUCUUCAAAGAAUAAAGUCUAUAUUUGCAGGUGUUGUCCUUACCAGGCGUGGUCCCAAGAUGGCCGCCUUCAGGACUUGGCGCAGCUUCUUCUGAACUAGUGGGGUUUCCAAAAUGGCUUCCCUUGGAACAUUGGGCAACUUGUUGCCAUAGGCUGAAUUCUCAACGUCCAAUUCAUCCUGGCCCACCCGUCAUGGGAUGCGGCCUUCCAGCUGUCCCAGGCAACAAAAACAGAAGGUUCGUUGAGUCAUUGGUGAUCAGCUUGGCAAGUCAUAGCUCAAAACGGCCGCCUUUGGAACGUCACUCAGUGUUCUUGACAGGCAACGGCAGGUGGGCGGCCUGUGUUUGUGUGGUCUGUGCUGAGGAAUUCAACCAUCUGAGCAAAAGGGUGGUGGAGUUGUUUUUGUGGUGUGUGUGUUUUUAGGAGCACAGGUGUGGUCACAGCAAAAUAUGUGUUUCAGAGGGUGAGACAAAAGUGUUCUCCGUCUCUUAACUCACCAGUAUUUGCAAAAAUGGUUUUGGGGGAAAAUUAUGAUGGUACUUAAUUUGCUAAUAAAGGUUAAUGGGAAAA